GAGGCUCAAAAUCCGCGUUACUGGAGCGAGCAAUUGACACUCCCUGUAAGAUUUAGAGAAGCUGUGGAGGCAGCAGUGGAAGCGUCUAAGUCAGACCGAAUCGUGUUUGUGGAGAUUGGACCGCAGAAGACUCUAAUAAAUCUGACUGCGCAGAUACUCAGCACCCAGGCAAGUAUCGUGACGGAUUUAGUGAAUAUGGUGGAGCGGGGAGAGGACACGGACGAGGGUUCUGUAAUGGAGAAGCUACGUCGGUGCGAGCGCCUUUGUAGUGCGCCGCUCAGUUCCGCUAAGAAACAGAAGUGGAACCAUCAGUCCUUUGAGUGGAGAAAGCUGUCUCAUCCCCUUGUCGACACGGAUGAAGCACUCUCGUUACUUGAAACAGGCAGCUCUACAGCCUUCUGUGAGAAGCCAAUUCGUACCGGCACCUUAAGUAUGCUGAGGGAUCACGUGGUGUGGGGCACGCCUAUUAUUCCAGGUGUUGCCUUUAUCGAUGCAAUGCUUAGUGCAGCCUUAGCGCUGACGAGCACCUCGCUCGUUCAGGCCAGCAUUGAGCUGCACGAUGUAGCCAUUUUACAGCCAAUGAUUCUCCAUGAGGGCCCUGAAUCUUGGGGCCAGCAAGCAGUGAAAUGCCCAACGAGCCCUAGUAGCAUCGGGCUUGCGCUGAAGCUGGAGGUUUUGGGUGAACGCACCAGCGUUGCCCUCUCCUCGACUCACGUGGGAGGAGUCUCUGCGGAAGCGAGGGUUGCGUCAGCAGUUACUCAUGCCGAAGGCUGGUUCUCGAUGACUGAGGCUGGAUGUGCUUCGAAGCCCCCAACAUUGGACGUUGCGAACCACACGAAACACAUGGUUGAAAACAUGAGGAUACACUACAAUGCCUCUGAAGCCUACGAAGAGCUGAGACGAUGCGGCUUAGAAUAUGGCCAGUGUUUCCAAACAAUCCAUGACAUAAUUAUUGCUGAUGCUUCCGCUCUUGUCGAACUCAGAUUUCAACAUGAGGUUUCCGACUUUGACAGUAGCUUUAUUUUGCAUCCUUCCAUUCUUGAUGGAUGCGUCCAGAGUGCUGUGCUUCUUGCUCUUCUGCACAUGCCGAGCUGGCGCACCGCUUUAGUGCCCGUUGGUGCAUCAGACAUUAGAGUCUGGGAUACUAUCCAUGCAUGGAGCAGUUCGUAUUGGGCAGAUGUGAAUAUGGUUGAUGGAGGAAGUCUGACCAGUGAGUCAGAAGGGGCUGUCGUAUCGAUCACUUUGUUCGAUGAUAGUGCCAAUGUGGUGGCCCAGAUCGGUAUGAUGCGUUUGAAGCCAGUGACUGUGGAUCAGGUUUUCCCUAUGGAGCGUGAUCUUGGGCGAGGCAUGCUGUGGGGAUUAAAAUGGGUGGAGAGCCCGGUGGUGCCGCAGUCUCAGAAGGCUUCAAAACAGAAGCUGCACUGGCUUGUGCGAGGGGUAGAAGACGACGCAACUACUUGCCUAGAAAACACCAUGGAGGUUUUUGAAAGUACACGUAUUGAACUACACUACAGUUCAAAGACAUUGCUGGAGGCCGAGGAAAAUAAUGUGCUCGACGAUUUGGAUGCAGCGGUGCAUGUUGCUGGGGUUUGUCAAAGGUGGACCAGCGCCGUAGACUACCUGGCAGAUGUCCUGGCAUUCUUGCAGGCUAUUUCUCGUCAAAUUGAUCCUCAGAAGGUCGACGCUCUGCCAUUAAUAAUCAUUGUAGUUGCGGGCACUUCUGCUGUACUUCCAGGGGAACAAUCUGUCCACCCACUUUUAGCAGGAGUACGUGGUCUGUGCCGAACAGCACGGCUUGAGAUGGAGGCCAUCGCAAAUCGGCGUGUGCCGCUGCUAGUAGUGGAUCUUGAUCCAAGCCAGGUGGAACAGCAAUCUCCUGUGAACGUGAUUCGCCAGGUGGCAUAUGCCCUUCGCUCAUCACACUUGAUGAAAACAGGCAGCCCUGCCAGCGCCAGAGAACAAAGCUAUAUUGAGACCGAGCUUGUCGUUCGGAAAGGCCGGAUCUUUUCCCCGCAACUCACACCCAGUGGAGUGCAGCUGCUCCCUGCGAUCCGCACACCGAGCCCAAUAGGCAUGGGGGACACAGUUAUUGUUACAGGAGGCCUUGGUGGCCUAGGCCUUGUCGUUGCUCAUUGGCUUGCAGAACAAAAAGCAAAAUCAGUAAUCCUUCUCUCGAGAACGGGGAAGCCGCCGCAGCACGGAACAACGGCUCAACUAUGGCAGCAACUUCGGGAGAGGCAUAAUACUACUCAGUUCGUCGUCCAACGAUGCGAUGUCGCUUGCGCAUCACAAGUUGACGCUCUCUUUUGUAACAUCAAACGCGGAUACCUCGUGUGCGAAAGCACCGGAAUGCUGUGUUACAUAGGACCUCUAGAUGGGAUAUUCCACAGUGCUGGCGUGCUGGUUGACAGGCCCUUGCUGCAGCAAGACUCUGAAUCGCUGAGAUGCGUGAUUGAGCCGAAGGUGGAUGGAGCAUGGAACUUGCACAAUUGCCUUGGCAAGCAUUCAAUGGAGAGCAACCUGAGAUACUUCGUCAUGUUCUCGUCUUCCGUGGGGCUGUUGGGGAACGCUGGCCAGGCAAACUAUGCGGCUGCCAACUGCUGCCUUGAUGAACUCGCUCUAUAUCGGCGCUCUCUUGGACUUGUUGCUCAUAGUAUUCAAUGGGGUCCAUGGGUCGAACAAGGCAUGGCAGCACAACUACAGGAACGCUUCUCAAAGACGGGAUUUGGAGGCAUCUCAAACUCACUGGGCCUGUUAACUCUGACUGCCGUAUUGCAGCAGAACUCAGAACCCGUCGUAGGGUGCCAGCCGAUAUAUUGGCGUCGCUUCCUAAAUCGAUAUAGGUUUGCCACCCCUACUGCCUUCGAGCAUUUUGCAAGGCUAGCUAUCAACACCGCGACAAACACUGAAAGUCAAAGAGGAGACACUCGUGUAGAGGGCAAGCAGCUGAGUGGUAGGAAACAAAAUAAUCAGCAAAAAAAUAUUCAGCAAGUUGUCGUUGCAGCAGCAAAGUCUGUGCUAAACGGUGCGGCGAAUGUUGAAGUAGACGCCCCUCUCCAGGAGCUCGGGAUAGAUUCCUUGGGUGCAAUUGAAUUUCGCGAUGCCAUUCAAAAUGCACUAAACGUCAGGCUUAGUGCGACUGUGCUGUUUGAUCACCCAUCCAUCGAAGCGCUAACCAAAUUCCUUGAACACGAGGUUAGCGACACAGACAAUGGGGAGGCUGCGACGGCUUCAAUUGUCGAGUCCCUUUCCCCAGUUGAUUCACCCCCAGGAUCUGCAACUGCAGUGGUUGGCAUCGCAUGUAGGUUUCCUGCUUCUGAUGAUGAUCCGAGAGGCUUUUGGCAAAUGCUUUCCAAGGGAACUGAUUGUAUUUCAAAGAUUCCUGAAAACCGGUUUGAUAUAGAUACUGCAUAUGAUCCGAACAAGGACGCAACAGGUAAAAUGUACGUACGUGAGGGAGGAUUUAUUAAAUCUAUGGACCUCUUCGAUAAUCGGUUCUUUCAUGUACCCGAUGGCGAAGCUGAACAAAUGGAUCCGCGACAGCGAGUUGCCUUAGAGUUAGCAUUUGAAGCUGCAGUUGACGCUGGAUAUGGUCUCAAGCAGCUUGAAGGACUGCCAAUCGGUGUUUUCGUCGGGGCGAUGAAUCACGAAAAUGUUUUUGAGGGCGACGCCGCAAUUUCCGCGUUUACUGCCACUUCAAAUGCCGUCGCAAUACUGGCAAACCGCAUUUCCUACUUCUACGCUCUUACUGGCCCAAGUAUGUCAGUAGAUACAGCCUGUUCUUCAUCGCUCGUUGCCAUCUGCCUUUCUCUACCAGCGCUUCUCUCCGAUCAAAGCCCAGCGAUCGUACUAGGCGUCAAUGCACUUCUUUCCCCCACAUACUUUAUCCAGACGUGCAAAGCUCAUAUGCUAAGCAUCGACGGAAGGUGCAAGACCUUCGACGCAUCAGCAAAUGGCUACGUUCGCAGUGAAGGAUGCGGCGCAGUGCUCUUGCAGGCACUGCCACGCGAAUCCACAAACCCCAACUCUGUCUAUGCGUGGAUCAGAGGGGCCGCAAACAACCAUGUAGGCAGGAGUGCCAGCCUCACUGCUCCCAACGGACCGGCGCAGCAAGCCGUGAUUCGAGCAGCAUUGCGUGAUGCCCGGAUACAAUCACCUGCAGAC